UCAGAUGCUGCGCAUUGUGAAAUUCAACCUUCAGCCUUAGAAAAAAGCUCACCUGGCCUGAAGUCAGACGGGAAAAUAAGAGGAUAAAUCUGGAUCUAGCCUUCUAGUUUGCAACAAAAAAAACAUGGCUGCAGGGGCCUCAGACCUGACCGUACACGCUCUGCGGCUGGGGCCCGGCCAGGAACUCCUCAGCUCCCUGGUCGCCUUCACCGAGGAGAGGAAGCUGAGGGCACCCUUCAUCAUGACCUGCGUGGGCAGCGUCACCGAGGCGAAACUCCGCCUGGCAGAUGCAACGGCCGAGAACAGCAGGCUGGUUCAUCUUCAGGGGAAGUUUGAAAUUGUCUCGUUGGUGGGCACCUUGAACAGAGAGGCCCACCUGCACAUCUGCCUGGCAGACAAGGAAGGGAGGACCUUCGGAGGGCACGUGAUGGGGGACCUGAAGGUCUUCACCACCGCUGAAGUGGUCGUCGGCGAGGCCAGCGAUCUGAAGUUCGCUCGCGAGAUGGACGACCGCACCGGCUUUCCGGAGCUGGUCAUUAACUCUCGCUCUGAACACGCCUAACGACUUGUGCUGGUUCACACCCCCCGCCGCCCCCUCCUUUCCCGUGUGGAAUAAGCGCUGUGAAUAAAUUGGGCUAGUGCAUGCCGCCUCAGCUUAUUGCUUCUCUCUAGCGAUUCGGGCACUUUGAUCGAGCAGGUUCCAAUCAAUUCUUCUGAGGCAAAGAGACGAGAGGUGAAAUAAUUUCCAGGCAAACUCUUCAAAUGACUUGUCAUUAAUUCGCCUCUUCUUUGGCACUUGUUUGUGCAGAAUGAGAUGCGUUCGGCUUGCUCUGUCUAUUAGUGGGACUGCGCUCUAGAGACUUUAACGGGCUGCUAGGCAUAACAAAUGAGGAGAGUGUGUAUGUGUGUGCUUGUGUGUGUGUAUGUGUCUCUGUGGGAGUGUGUGUGCUAGUGUGCGUCUGUGUGUGUAUUUAUGCGUGUGUGUGUAUAUGUGUGUAUGCCUGUGUGUGUGUGUGUGUAUUGUAUGCAUGCUUGUGUGUGUGUGAAUGUGUGUGUGUGUAUGUACUGUAUGUAUGCUUGUGUGUGUGUAUGUGUCUCUGUGUGAGUCUGUGUGAUUGUGUGCGUUUGUCUGUGUGUGUAUUUAUGCAUUUGUGUGUGUGUGUCUAUGCUUGUGUGUGUGCGUGUGUGCAUGUGUGUGUGUGAAUGCGUAUGUGUAUGUGUGCGUAUGUGCUGUAUGUAUGCCUGUGUGUGUAUGCUUGUGUGUGUGUACUAUACGUGUGUUUGUGUGUGUGUAUUUAUGUGUGUGUGUAUGUACUGUAUGUAUGCUUGCGCGUGUGUGUGCAUGUGUGUGAAUGCGCGUCUGUGUAUGUGCGUGUGUACGUGUGUGUGUACUGUAUGUAUGCUUGUGUGUGUGUGUGAAUGUGUGUCUGUGUGUGCGUGUGUGCAUGUGUGUGCGUACUGUAUGUAUGCUUGUGUGUGCGCCUGUGUGCAUGUGUGUGGCACACUGUUUGCCUGUCCUUACAGAGUCACUUAUUAGCGCUAAUUUGAGGAGCCGCUGAAAGGCGCGCGCGACAGAGGCUGUCACAGGGCCGGGACACAGCGGUGAAGAGGGAGGCGGUGAAGGCCACAUUGACUGGCCGGGGCCGUCCGGCUUUAACCCUGGCACAGGGCCCGCGGCUGCCUCCCGCACUGAGAGCUCCCUUUGUUCAGAGAGAGCCAUCAGCAGUCAGCAGUCUCCAGAAAUAUGACCGGGACAAGCCAGCGGAGAGGGCUACGGACAGACACGCGGCUGUCUGAGACACUCAGGAAGUCAACAGCUGACGGAAAGGGCUGGAACAAAGGGCUCGGUGUGUGUGUGUGUGUGUGUGCAUGUGUGUGUGUGAGUGUGUGCGGGUGUGUGUGUGUGUGUGUGUGUGUGUGUGUGUGUGUGUGUGAGAGAGUGUGUUUUUAUCUAAAUCCAUGAGAACAAGUGUGUGUGUGCGUGUGUGUAUCCAUCCCUGAUUGAAUUGACCUUUUGUGAAUGGAAAUCUUGAUAUUGCUAGCCCCAUGAAUUUCCCUCUUCAAAUAAAUUUGAUAGGCUGCAUUUCAGCUACCAGUUUCAAUACCCUAAAAUUCCUGCCAAAAGUGUCAAUAUUGGCUCUACAGUUUAUGAAUGAGACAUGUAUAUACAGACAAAAUUUCUGAUUUUCCAAAAUGUAAUUUGUCACAGCAAGUCUGAGUCAAUCAAACCAUAAUUUACAUGGUUCAUCAUUUGAGAUCCGGAGUAUACAAAGGCUUAAAAAAUCAUGUUUGCGUGAAAAGGAUUGUCAUGAAAUAUAGUCAACACAUCCAACUCCAAUUUAAGUUAAUAAAGCGUGUAGAUGUGUCAGCUUGAUAAACACAUGUUCGUCUUUGUAUUUUACCCUCAUUAGUGGACAAUGCAGAAUGCCAGAAGGCAUCAGC